AUGCCGUUGGACAGAUCUGAGGGAAGCAGCAGUGGUAGUGGUGUCAUCGAGAGCGAUGCUGUCUUCGAGUCAAUCCCUGGCUUUUACAGGACUCCUUGUAAUCCCUGCGUCUUCUUCAACUCAGCCUCCGGCUGCUUCAAGGGACAGAGUUGUACAUUUUGCCACCACUCAGCUACUCCUGGACCCGGACUUCUGACUCGACCUUCCAAGCUGAACCGCGCGCGGACCAAGGAAAAGGUGGAGCACCUGUUGAGCAAGUUGAUGGAGGCAGAUAUGAACUCUUUAUCAGAUGAGAUACACUAUGGACUUCAAGCUGAGGCUCAGAAAGACGACUUUUCGCGGAGGUUUUGUCAAGGCCGCUUGAACGAGGUCCUAUUGACACUGCAGCCGCGACCGUCACGACGUCCAUAUGAAUUUGGUUGUCGCCAGCUCUUGGCCUCGACACAGCCAGCCUGUUCUGAAAUUAGGUUAGUUGCAGGUCAUAACUGCUGUGUCUCGGAAAUGCUGUCCACUGGGUGA